UCGAAACUUUGCAUAUAGACGUUGAUCGCUCCAAGAGGAAAUUGUUCAAUAAUCAAUCAAAUCAAAAUAAUUACUGUGACGAGAGUGAAAGAGGGCAUUCAAUUCAAUUGGCGACAUGUGUAAGGCAGUGCACAUUUUCGUGAUAGCCACCUUGGUGAUGAUGAUUCAAUCGGGUCUGGCUCUCAAAUGCUUUAAUUGUGACACUGACACGAAUGAGGGAUGUGCAGGUGGCGUGACGAAUUUAGUAGCCGAGGAAUGCGAUUUUAUAAAACAAAAGGAAAUGGAAUCUCAGUAUCUCAACCCACACAGAAAUUUCCUACAACAAAUAUCUGACGUUAAUUUCCACGGAAGCAAUGAAUCAAUCCGCAUGGUAUGCCAGAAAUUAGUUGGCACCGACGCGAACCACAAACGAUCCGUCGUACGGCGUUGUCAGUUAGCGAACGUUGGCUGUGACUAUGCCCACCAAAGAACAACGAAAUCGAUUUACAAAGAUGUGAAAAUUGAGACGUGUACGAUAUGCGACGAUAACGAUGCUUGUAAUAGUUCGCCGAUUAAUCCGGCCUUGGGUGCGAUAGUUGCUAUUGCGGUGGUGACGGUUGCCGCAUUUGGACGUUUAAGAUUGUGAACAGAAAAUAAAAUGUAAGCCAAACAAAACAAACCGAUUCAAUUAAACGUAAACAAAUCUUUGAAAAUACCAAAAGAAAAUUUUUUGUGCCUGAGGAUCAUAAUUCGACGUUUUUCGUCACUGCACCUACGAUCGAUAAGUUCGAUCAAAGUACUGCUUGUACAGCGACAUAUGUGCGUCCGAAAAAGUAACUUUGUCGGCCGAUAAACGAAGCUAACAAUGGAAUUUCAUAUAUAUUUUUUCGGCCGCAAUCGAGUGUGCCAAGUA